AUGGCAAAUUGUCAAUGCUCAGGAGAAAUUCAAAUGUACAACAAGAAAAUUAAAUUGGAGGAUGAAAAGGAGCUUGUUCUCUUUGUUUCUUGUUUCUUUUGGCUGAUUAUGAUGUUUGUGAUAAUUGUUUCGUCUGAAUCCUACAACCGUCACAUAGCUCAUUUAGGUUUAAAUGAAUUAGCCGCUCGGGAAUUUCUGUUCAUGAACAAUUACGGUACAUGA